AUGGCAUCUUGGUUGAUUUUUGUGUGCGGUGUCAUUGGAGGGGCGGCGACGACUCUUUUCCUUAUUUCUUUCUUGUUCGUGAAGGCGGGGGUGAUGAUUGAAACUGCUGUGGAGCAAAAGGAGAUGAGGCUGCAAAAACGUGUUGGGAACACUUGCGGCGAUGAGCUGUGCGUAUGGAAGGUGGAAGCUAUAUGCAUGAUGGCACGCUAUGACAAUGACAUUGUGGGCAACGCCAUCCCUAUUCGUGCCGUACUGUUUGGCAAAACAAUUUCCGUAUAUCAAAUUGAUAGUAGUCAUAGGUCAAAGGAUGGUGAUCAAACGAUUGUUGAUGCGGAGCAUUUGAUUGGGAAGAUUAACACCGCCAUUGUUAGCAGCGCAUUGGAAAAGUUGUCCAAGUAUCAUCGUCACACAGACACAACCAAGCGACAAGCGCCCAUACGGGGGAAAUGUCUUGUGCUGCGGCGUAAAGAAGGACUUCCGCUCUUUAUUGAGGAUCCUAUGAAGGAGAUGUCACGUCAGCAACGUCGACAACAGCGUAAGCAAGAGGAAGAGGAAGAAGGGGAGGGGAGUGGCCGUCGCCAACGCCAACGCCGUCAUCGUCAUGGGGAUCAUUAUUCCAGAGAGGGGUUUGAGGAAAAUAACGAUGGAAACAAUCGAGAAAACAUCUACGGGGAUGAAAACGGUUUGAUGUGCAUGGGUGAAUUGGACCUUGAGGAUGUAGAUAACGAACCGUGCUUUGGCGACUGGACAGCCGUAGUUUUUAAGCUUCCCACUCGGCGUGAGAUGGAGCGUUGGUUUAAUUUGCUUCAAGCCACACCACAGUCCGAGGAGUGGCGCAUGUUUAUCAAACAUCUUCCCUUCACGGAUGUAUUUAACCUCGUCGUGGCCCGCCUGUACUUUGAAAAUACACGAACGAGCGGGUUGCAUGAUCUUCUUAUUGGGAAACUGCGCCGAAAGCUGCACCGGGUGUCCCGUAAACUUCCAAAGCACAUCCAUGGGGAGAUUCUGCUGGAUCAACUUGAGAUUGGGGGUGAGAUUCCGCUGAUUCGCGGGCUGGGCGAGCCGAGUGUUUCCCCUAACGGGGAGAUUGAGCUGGACUUUGACUUUUUGUAUCGUGGCGGGCUGAAGUUCAGCCUUCGCUUUGCCAUCACAUACCGAGGCGUGCGGGUUCCAGACAUCAUAUUUAACAUUAAAAUUCUUGAACUCUCGAAUCAUAUGAGACUGAGCAUUGGGCCACCGCCGUCCACCAAAAUUUGGGUUGGUAGUCCACGUCCACCGCAACUGCGGCUGGAGUUCACGCAGGAGGUCGCCUCGCAUGAUGGUAUACUGAAUGCCGUCUUGAAGCUUAUGCCAGACAUGAGUUUGGUCAUGUCUAACGUCGUUAAGGUGAAACUCUUUGAGGACAUGCUGCUUCCAUCCAUGGAGGACUUUCCGCUGCCAUGCUUUAGUUACUCCCCUCCGUCCUCAGAGGAUGGCUCGCCGCUGCUAGACACCGCCACCGUGAGCUCCUUGGGGCAGGACGCUGGUACAGUGCAGCGCCGCAUUUCUGCCUUUGCCAGUGAAAGUUCCACUUUCGGAGAAACUCGCGCUUCCAGCAUAUUAUCCAGUGUUGAGGUGUUUCCUGCAGUUCGUGAUGAUGGUCCACCGUUGCCUCUUUCAACGGACGGAAGAGAAUAUUCGAUUUUGCCGCUAGAUAAGGGGUCGAACCUGACGGCAAGCUCCGAUUCAUCAUCUCUCUCUUCAGGGGCGCUGCCGGCGUCGUCAGUGGGCGAGUCAUGGAGCCGCACAGAGACUCCGCACUUCAACGGGUUAGUGAGUCGGAUGAAGAGGAGGGUCAAGAACCUUUUCUGA